AUGAUUGUCCCAACCAGCUUCAAACCGUCCUUGACAAGGAUCAGAAGCAAAAGACGGAGCAAGAAGGGCCAGGAUGUUGCCCUCCACUCGCACUGUCCAGCAUGCCUCCACUCUUUAGCUCUGGUCCAAGAGACGUCGAGCAUCCCUCGCACACUAUCCCUCAAUCACUUUGACUUCAGCCGACCUGCAGGCUUCAACCGAUCCAAUGCUCGAGGGAAAUUCAUUCACAAUUCUAUAUGGAAGACAUGUCCUCUUCCCUCCCUCCCCGUCCUCCUUGCUCCUACCAGAUUCGGCACAUACGGUGGCCGCUUUGCUCCCGAGUCUCAGAUGGACGCCCUGUCCGAGCUCACCCUCGCGUUUGAUCGAAUCAUUUCAGAUUGCAACUUCUGGGCAGGAUACCUCAGCUGCCCCGGCAUCCGUCCGAGUCCCCUACGCCUCGCAGAAAAUCUGACUCGACAUGCCGGUGGUGCAAAUAUCUGGCUCAAACGGGAGGAUCUGAACCAGCACGGCAGCCACAAUAUCCGCAACAUCGUCGGCCAGGCCUUGAUUGCACACCGGCUAGGCAAGUCCGAGAUAGUCAUGGACUGCGGCUCAGCCAACCACGGGAUCGCCUGCGCUGCCAUCUGCGCACGCUUGAAGAUGAAAUGCACCAUUCUCAUGGGCAGCUGGGAUGCCACGUGCCAAAAGGAGGACGUGGAGAGAAUCAAACAACUCGGAGCCUCACUCAUCACCGUAGAGACCGGCUCCGCAAGCCGCAGCACCCUCCGCGCCGCAGUCAACGAGGCCCUCCGCUAUGCCGUCGCCCACCUCAGCACCACAUACCACAUCCUGAGCGGGCCGAUCGGACCGCACCCGCUCCCCACCAUCGCGCGCACCUUCCAAUCCAUCCUCGGCGAGGAGAUCAAACAGCAAUUCGGCGGCGGCGCAGGCAGCAGCAGAGUCCCGGAUGCCCUCGUCUCCCCCGUUGGACCCGGCAGCACUGCCGUCGGCAUGUUCCACCCGUUCAUCGACCAUCCGUCGGUGAAACUCCUCGGCGUCGAGGCGGCAGGCGCGGCGCCGCUAUCGCGCGGCGAUGUUGGCGUCCUGCAUGGCUGCCGCACGUACCUCUUGCAGAAUGAUGACGGGCAGAUCCUCGACUCGUGGUCGCCUUCCCCGGACAUGAACUUCCCCAGCGUCGGGCCGGAACUGGCGUGUUGGAAGGACAUGGGCAGGGUCGAGUAUGCCACUGCGACUGACGACGAUGCCGUGCGUGGAGUGCAGAUUCUUCGCGACCAGGAGGGUGUUGAUUCUGGGUUGGGUACUGGUUAUGCUGUUGAGAGGACUAUGAAGCUCGCGAGGGAGCUGGGGCCGGGCAGGGAUGUGGUGUUGCUUGUGACGGGUUGA